AUGAUCUGCACGCCUGUAACACGGUAUGAUGUCUCUCAGUUACAGCACAAAGUCGUACAAAGUGUCAAAGCAUUUCUGAAGCUCUUCACACUGUUCGGCAGUCAGUCGAACGCCUCGACACGAGGGUGUCACUUCUUGCCCGCAAUACCGCCACUGACGAAUAUCCACGCCCUUGUAAAUGGUCUCCACGUAGACGUUCCCACCGAGAUGUGGUGCCCUCGAUUCUCGUUUGAAGAAUGUCCUGCACCGCCGUCAAUACCAAACUCUCAACCAGAGUUUGACGUGAACUCUGCCCCUAACGCCACAGGGACGGUACUGAAGUAUGCGUGCAGUGUUGGGUACUCACCACAGGGGAGUGUCAGGUGUCAAGUAGACGGCACGUGGACUCAGAUGUCCUGCAUUGAAGACUGUCCCAGUCCUCCAGUCAUACCGAAUAGUAAUCAACUAUUUGCUGCAUCAGCUGUCGCUAGAUCCCAGGGAACGUCCUUGCAGUACCAGUGUCAAUCAGGGUUUGUAGCUGAUAAUGGUGUCACAACUAUCACCUGCCAAGAAAGCGCUAUCUGGACAAACAUAGUCUGUAAACCUCUUCGGUCAUGCUCUGAAGUGAAGGCGUGUAACAGUCAGUACGAAGACGGUGACUACUGGAUUUACCCGGCUCCUUAUGGAAGUACAAAGGUGAAAAUCUACUGUCACGGUAUGAGCGGCGGCUCACCCACCGAGUACGUGACGUUGAAUGUGGCAAACAAGGCAUACUAUCCGGCCGAGUCCAACAUAGAAUGUGAGGGAGAGACACCUCCAGGAUGUUCGAAUGGUGGUGGGGAGACGCACUACAACAAAAUUCGUGUCGAUAUUCAGACGAUGGAAGUGAACAGAACAGAAAGGACAUUUGCGACAACAGUUUUUGGCAGGCCACUAAAUUACGGCGAAGCAAAUGAUUGUUACACAAGUCAUUAUGGUGGCGUCAAACGACCAUGUGGACCAAAGGGAACAUUUAAUAUAGACACGACUGGAACCGGUCUGAUUGUCAGAAACACGCUGACGUUUCUUUUAAAUGGUUUGAAUCCUUGGGGACAGGGUGUCGGUAACACGGACGGGACAAAGAUCGACUUACUGUGUGGAGGAUGGCCUGGCGGGUGUUCUCCAAGAGGAGCGAUGACGUUAGAACUCGUAUCGACUGGCAGCACAGUACCAUCCAGUUCUAGUGCAGUCGAUCCGAUUUGUCCCUAGAGUUCGGGAGAUAAAUGAAGAUUGCUUCGCACCAUUACAAUUCUGUUUGGUGAAAUAUUAUCUAAUAAAACAGAUAAAGAAUACAGUGACGUCCAUCCUACCAAGCAAAACACUUUACAUUGAUUCAGCUUUAAAGAGCAUAGGCAUUUAAAUUCUUACAUUAUUUAGAUAUAAAGUCUGGCAGCUUAUUUGCGCCAUAUUGCAUUUUACUGUGGUCUUAUAUCUAUCUCGCAAGAGCGUACUGGUGAAAGAUGAUAACUUCCAGUAAUGAUCACGAUAUCCUGCCACUGCUUCCCAUAGAGUUUUAAUGCUGCAGUCCGAGAUCGAAUGCAGACAACCUUUUGUAAAUACGUCAGAAUCUCUACUACAUUUCCAGUGGCGGAUCUAGAAAAUAAUAUGAGGGGGUGGCUGGAUUGAGAUGGAGUGAACCGGCAGGGGCUGAGCCAUGGUGAAGGAUCCGGAGGCAAAGCCCACUGAAGUUUCGGCAUUCUGGACAUUUAGAUCCUUAUUUCACUGAUUUCUAAUUCUUAAUUAAUAAUUCUAUAAAGUUGAUCAAUUUGUUGCCGUUUUGCUGAUUCACACCAAAAUAUAUAGAAAACGAUUUAAUAUUGUCCUUACCGAUGCCAGCCAUAUUCGGUUCAAUUGUACACCUGAUUGACAACAGGGCGAUGCAUAUUAUGUUCGCUAACGGAAUGGCUUUAUAUACACCUUCCUGAACAAAACUUUGAAGUAAAGGUAAAUGUUUAGAAUGAACAUAACAAAAAUUGCCCAGGAAGGGGGUUGCUAGCCAACCUAUUCACACCCCCCCCCCCCCCCCUCCCGCUGGAUCCGCCACUGAUUUCGCCUAAUCAAAGAACACAGUUUGCUUAUAUUUCUGAUUACACGGUCUAGCUUGUUUUAAUAAUCUAUAUAAAGGUCAUUUAGGGCUAGAGGAUACUGGGUUCGUAGCUCAGUGUCGACUCUAGCAAACAGCGCAUACACCACUAGGCUUGAAUAGACUGUGCUAGGUUUCUUGCCAUUGUAAGAUGUUUUCGAAUAGCAGAGGCCUUUUAACUACUGAAAUUACAUACUAAAUAAAACAUUUUUUAAUUACACUAACAAUGUCUAAAACACUCAAUUUGUUUCUGGUCCUUCUUGUUUUUGUAUAAUCUUAAUCUUCAUUUUACCUCAGAAUAUUUAAUUGUUUUAACGUACGAAAUUUA